UAAAGUUACAACUCGGUUUUUGACUUUUUGUGCGAUCUCUGUAUUAGUUUACGUCGUCAAUUUAACCAUGCCUUUGGGACUAAAACCGGCUUGUUUCAAAUGUGACACAAGUGUGUCAGAAAUUUGGCAAAAAACAGUCGAAGGAAACACAGUUUGCAAUGACUGUUUUUUAGGUAAAAUGACGGUACUCGUGAAAACGGAAACUGCGCCUGUUGAAAAGGCGUCUUCUCCGGAAAUAAAGUUUCAUGAAGAAGAUGUUUACGUUGAAACCAUUGAAGUUGAUGAUUCUAUUGCUGAUGAACCUGCUGAUGAUGUAAAACCACGCAAUGAGUUUGGGCCUGGUACAAGGUCAGGAAAUACAACUUUAAAUGUUAGAGGGGGACGAACAGGAACAAAAAAGACACGAGGAAGAAGCAAAAAACUAGGAACUGCAAGCAAAGCAACAGUUGGUAAAGGACGAGGACGUCGUGCUGUUUUCAAAAAGCAGCUACCAUCAAAAGCUCCAACUGUAGUUUCAACCUCUUUUACAAGUGGUCAUCUUUUUCAUCAUGACAUUUAUUACCAAGUGGGGGAUAUAGUAUCAGUAACAGACGAAGAUGACGGUGUUUAUUAUGCCCAGAUUCGUGGCCUUCUGCAAGACCAGUUUUGUGAAAAAAGUGCGGUGUUAACAUGGCUGAUUCCAACCCAAAGUUCACCACCCCCAGAUCAUGGAUUUGAUCCACUAACAUACAUCUUAGGCCCCGAAGAAGAGUUGCCGCGCAAAUUGGACUAUUUAGAUUUCGUAAUGCACGCUCCAAAUGAAUAUUUCAAGUUGGACGAAAACAUUCGAGUGUCCAAUGAGAAAGAUGCAGGUUAUAUUUGGACAAGCAUGGGUGCCGUUCGCAGAACUAUUCAUUCUUGAUGGAUAUAGCAUUAAAAAAAAACAGAAUUCUGUUUCAGAAAAGAAACCAUUAACAGCUUACUGCCUUCUUCGGCCUCUGAAUGUUAUUCACGUACUCAAUUUUAAAACAAUGCCAUUCGGUUUCUUAGAUUCCUAAGAAUUUUUUUACCCCUGUAUUCUGCACUACUUCAUUGAAAUUAGAUGGAGAAUGAAUUUCGUUGUUCGAAAUGUAUUGCUUUAUUUCUUUACUUCAGUUUAGAGGCUGUAAACAUGAUUAUCAAGACUUCUAUAAUCUAGAGAGCCAAACGUGGAAAAAAAUUAAAGAUUCCUAAUGUGCGUGUUACAUUUUGGCUUUACAGAAUUCCAUUUGAACUAAUAGCCCUGCGUUGGGUUAAAAUAUUUCAUGCUAUUUAUGUAUUUUCCCCGUUCAAUU